UUUGUGCAAUUCUGAAGCUGGUCGUCUGUUCUCAGUGUUUAUCUGGACGUCAUGGCGGAGGGACGUGGAGAGCUACCGCCUCAGCCGCCACUUCAUCUAUCUUUACCCCCGGCCAGCAAGCGACCGUGCUUGCGCCCGGCUCCCCGAGGGCCUGGUCCGGGGCCUGGUCCGGGUUUUCCGAACUCUCGGUUUCGCUGCCCGGAAUCUCUGUUGGACUGUGCCGCGAAGGCUGUAGCGGAGAAAUGGGCCUUUGAGAGGGUGGAGGAGCGCUUCGAGCGGAUCCCAGAGCCAGUACAGCGCCGUAUAGUGUACUGGUCCUUUCCGAGGAACGAAAGGGAAAUAUGUAUGUAUUCGUCGUUUCAGUGCCGCGUCGCAGGCGAAGAGGGUCCGGCGGUGGGCACAGUGGCUCCCGCUGGAUCCGGGUCUGUCCCUGGAGGGGUUACCAAUACGACGGCCGCUGCCGGGGCAGCGGGCACCGGAGAUGGACUGCCUUUCCGCCGAGGCAUACGGCUUUUGGAGACUGGUUGUGUGGAAAAUGUCUUACAAGUCGGUUUCCACCUCAGUGGCACGGUCAUGGAGCCCGCCUCCCAGUCGGAGCCUGAGGUCACCCACAAGGUGGCCAUCAGCUUCGACCGCUGCAAGAUCACCUCGGUCACCUGCGGCUGCGGUAACCGCGACAUCUUCUACUGCGCCCACGUGGUGGCCCUGUCCCUGUACCGCAUCAGGAAGCCAGAGCAGGUCAAGCUGCGGCUGCCCAUCUCAGAGACCCUGUUCCAGAUGAACAGAGACCAGCUACAGAAGCUGGUGCAGUACCUCAUCACAGCCCACCACACAGAGGUGCUGCCCACCGCCCAGAAACUGGCCGACGAGAUCCUCUCAUCCAACUCUGAGAUCAACCAGGUCCACGGGGCCCCGGACCCCACGGCAGGGGCCAGCAUCGAUGAUGACAACUGCUGGCACCUGGACGAGGAGCAGGUCAGGGAGCAGGUCAAACUGUUCCUGUCUCAGGGAGGGUACUAUGGCUCUGGGAAGCAGCUCAACUCCAUGUUCGCCAAGGUGCGGGAGAUGCUGCGGAUGCGUGACUCUAACGGUGCCAGGAUGUUGACCCUAAUCACUGAACAGUUCAUGGCCGACCCUCGCCUCGCUCUGUGGCGGCAGCAGGGGACAGGCAUGACGGACAAGUGCCGGCAGCUAUGGGACGAACUGGGUGCCCUGUGGGUGUGCAUCGUGCUGAACCCGCACUGUAAGAGCGAGGAGAAGAGCGGCUGGCUGAAGCAGCUGAAGAAGUGGGGCGACAUGGACAUCUGUCCCCUGGAGGACGGCAACUACGGCAGUGAGUUGCCCAACAUUACCAACGCUCUACCACAGAGCAACCUCGCCCAGGACUCCCUGGCCCGACCCAGACGGACAGUGUUCAAGCGGGCCAUGGAGGCCUGUGAUCUCCACUGGCAGGACAGCCACCUGCAGAGGAUCAUCAGCUGUGACUACUACAUGUCCCCAGCCUACCAGAGAGAGGGAGAGAGUCUGCUCUUCAACCCCCAGGGCCUGCCUCUAUGGCUAGAUCACGUCCCCACGGCGUGCGCGCGGGUCGAUGCCCUGCGUUCCCAUGGUUACCCCCGCGAGGCACUGCGGUUGGGCGUGGCCAUCAUCAACACCCUCCGGCUGCAGCAGCACCGCCAGCUGGACAUCUACAAGCACCAAAAGAAAGGUAGCGCCCCCUGUCUGCCUGGAGACAGUUCACUGUUCUCAUUAGAGCUGCUCCAGAAGGGGAUGACCAGCACUACUAACCUGGAGGGCUGGGUGGGACACCCCCUGGAUCCCAUCGGCUGUCUGUUCACCACCCUCACUGAGACCUGCCGGGUGGAGGACGACAACGCUAUGGACACUGGAGACUCUGGAGAGCCCAAGCCGCCUGUGUACCAUCAUGUGCCCGUGUGGGGUUGCCCGGAUGGUGGGGAGUCCUACCUGGCACUGGCCCUGGAGGUGGCGCUGAUGGGCAUGGGGCAGCAGAGGGUGAUGCCUGAAGGCCUCUAUGCCCAGGACAAGGUGUGUCGCAAUGAGGAGCAGAUCGUGGCCAAGCUGCAGGAGAUGGAACUGGAUGAUCUGCUGGUCCAGACGCUGAGGAAACAGGCUAUCCUCCUACUGGAAGGUGGUCCGUUCAGUGGCCUGGGUGAAGUCAUCCACAGGGAAAGCGUUCCCAUGCACACCUUUGCCAAGUACCUGUUCUCAGCCCUGCUGCCCCAUGACACAGACCUGGCCUACAAACUAGCACUGCGCGCCAUGAGGCUCCCUGUGUUAGAGUCGACUGGUCCCUCGGGAGACUUGGGUCACCCCCACCAUGGCAUCAGCAUGGUGCCCAGCCGCUACCCGCGCUGGUUUACCCUGGGCCACCUGGAGUCUCAGCAGUGUGAGCUGGCCUCCACCAUGCUCACCGCAGCCAAAGGAGAUAUGUUGAGAUUGAGGACGGUGCUGGAGGCCAUCCAGAAGAACAUCCACUCCUCCUCCCUCAUCUUCAAACUGGCCCAGGAUGCUUUCAAGAUCGCCACUCCGGCUGACAACCCCCCAGACAUCACCCUGCUCAAUGUAGCUCUGGAGCUGGGCCUGCAGGUAAUGAGGAUGACCCUCUCCACUCUGAACUGGAGACGCAGGGAGAUGGUGCGCUGGCUGGUCACCUGUGCCACAGAGGUGGGUCUGCGAGCGCUGGUGAGCAUCCUYCAGAGCUGGUACACCCUGUUCACCCCCACCGAGGCCACCAGCAUCGUCGCAGCCACCGUCAUGUCCCACAACACCAUCCUGCGCCUCAGCCUGGACUACCCCCAGAGAGAGGAGCUGGCWAGCUGCGCCCGGACSCUGGCCCUGCAGUGUKCCAUGAAGGACCCCCAGAACUGUGCCCUCUCGGCCCUCACGCUCUGCGAGAAGGACCACAUCGCYUUCGAGACGGCCUACCAGAUCGUYAUCGAYGCMGCMUCMACAGGCAUGACGUACUCUCAGCUGUUCACCAUCGCCCGCUACAUGGAGCACCGCGGCUACCCGCUCCGAGCCUUCAAGCUGGCCUCGCUGGCCAUGACCCACCUCAACCUGGCCUACAACCAGGACACCCACCCGGCCAUCAACGACGUGCUCUGGGCCUGCGCCCUGUCCCACUCGCUGGGCAAGAACGAGCUGGCCGCCAUCAUCCCCCUGGUGGUGAAGAGCGUGCACUGCGCCACCGUGCUCUCGGACAUCCUGCGCCGCUGCACCAUGACGGCCCCGGGCCUGGCCGGUAUCCCCGGGCGACGGAACUCUGGGAAGCUCAUGUCCACGGACAAGGCUCCGCUCCGGCAGCUGCUGGACGCCACUAUCAGCGCCUACAUCAACACCACCCACUCCCGGCUCACUCACAUCAGCCCCAGGCACUACGGAGAGUUCAUAGAGUUUCUUAGUAAGGCCAGAGAGACCUUCCUACUGGCCCAGGACGGACACAUCCAGUUUGCCCAGUUUAUAGACAACCUCAAACAGAUCUACAAGGGCAAGAAGAAACUCAUGAUGUUGGUACGGGAACGCUUCGGCUGACCCCUGGGGUUGCCCCAAAAGGACAGGCAAUAUGGGGAACUCCUUUUAUUUCCACUUAAUCAUUUAUUUAAGUUUUCAUUUCCAUUUCAUUUGUCAUUUACGUGUCAAAUUCUAUAUUUGUCCGGGGGGGGGGGGGGUUGCCAGUUUUUUUUUUUUCUUGUGAGCGACAACCAAUGUUUGUUCGCAAUGUUACUCUGCUAGGUAAAGACUGCAGAGGGGGGGGGGGGGAAUCUGAAUACAAAAACGUUUGAAAAAGAUUAUGAUAAUGAUGAAAAAACAUUGGCAAAUAAUGAAAAACCAAAUGAUGUAUAGGGUAUUUUGAGCCAGGGAAUGAUGUCUGCUGUGGUGAGAUACUAGUGGUUUUUGAAGGAAAGAAAACCUGUCAUUCCAAAAACACUGACGCACAUAGUGUUGACUUACUGUUAUACCGCAAUCGUAUUCCAAGGGUCAGCUUUAAACUUUUCCUGUUAAAAGGUCUCGUUUCAAGGCAUUAUGUGUGGAGGAGGUGGAAUGCUGAACUUGGAUGUGUCAGGUCCAGAAGCCAAGCCUAAAUAUGCCAGACUCAUCAGGUACAUACUGAGUCCUCUGACUUGACCAAGCCACUCACACUCUCACAUAUUCUCUACCACCUUUCCUGAGUGUAGCCUGAUCGAUUUGUCUGGUAUCUCCUAUUUCUAGUGAAGGUACCUUUCAAAAAGAGACAGAUGUACAGAGAGAGAGACAGGUUGCGGCAGAUUGGUAUUUGGAUUCGAUCACGGAAAGAUGGAUUGACUGGCCUGAGAGUGAUACUGCCACUGUGGGUUUGGGUCUGUGAGGAGUGGCUUGUGUUGUCAGAGUUUGGGUUUAUAACAUGUGGAAAUACCAUUGCUGAAAAACAUCUCGUAUCUUUCAAAGCAAAACGUGUAUGAACGUGUACUUUUUGACAACAUGCCUUGGUGUAGCCGGUUGGGGUUAGUAUUCCACAUACAGGCCUAACUAUAACUAUCAACCUCUCAGACCCUGUGGGAAAAGUUUUAUAUUAGCCGUAGUACUAUUGUUAUACAAGCACUUCAAAAAAUGUAAUGUACUCAACACCAUUCUGUCUGCUUGAGCAAUUAUUUAUCGAUCAUUAGAAUAAUCUGUGUGUGAAUGAAUACUAGGAAUACAAACAGCAUAACUAUAUUUAACAUGCAAAAAUAGGAAUAUUAGACAAAAACAUUUGAGGAUAAAUGUUGAGGCUAUGAAAAGCGUUCCAUGUCAGCUUCCACAUUCCAGGUGACCUAGGGCCACAGAAGUACGUCUGUUUGACGUAGUACAGUAAAGAAACAAUGACAGAAAAGAGAAAAGAGACGCUGAACUCAGUUCUCAGGGAAUCACUUAAAGAAACAAAAACAAAAAAAAGUAGUAGCAUAAGCAUUUAAGAUAUUGUAAAUAUGAAAGUGUCAAUUAAGAAAAUUGUAAAGUUAUAAUUAUUUAUGAUAACUGUAUGUUUUUGUGGGAUACUUGAAUGUGUUGUGGGCUGGGAAUGUGAGGGCAGUUAGAUGGAAAAACAUUUCUCAGGUGCUCCUGUGUACAUUUCUCUGAAUUUUGAGUCGAUUUUUUUAUUUGUAUGUUUUGUUUAGUUUUUGCAGUGUUUUCUAAGAGGAAGCAUGUUAUUUCGAAAUUAGAAAAGCAGGCAUACCAUUAUGAACAGAAAGCAACCUGACUAUGCAGAAACCACUUGGUGGUUUGGUCCCCUUCUCUGGAGUCACCCAGACGAAUGUCUGAGGGGGGCUAGCCACUAUCCUAAAGAGAACAGACGAGGCAAGACACGGCAUGUUUGUAUUUGUAAGUAGCCUGCACAUGCUGCAAAUUGGGACGGACGUUGCCUUUGACCAAUUUUAAUGUACAAUUUCUCUCUUUGGACUUAAGCCUUUAGUGUCUUCUCAAAGUACCCGUGUCAGCGCUUGACAUGGUAACGAGAGUUUAAGGAGAACAAUGGUCCAAAAUAAAUGAAAAUAAAAACCCUGCAUGCCCCACGCAAAAUAAGGAACUGGCAGAUAAUAUGAAUGGGGGAGUUUGUUUUGCCAACCCCUAUCGUCCUCCCUUGUAUUUCUUCAUGCUUUUAAGCCUAUUCAGUUCCCUUCACCUGACGACCAUGGCCAUGCUCUUAACCAUUCUCUACAACCCCUACGGAGCAGCUGAGUUAUUCUGCUCCUUCCUUCCAUCCAUCGCCGGUCUUUAUUCCUUCUCUUUUAAAAAGAUUUUGUUAACUUCCUCCCAAACGUUAGUCACAGGAUUCAGUAAGACUGCAGCACUGCCUGUACCAGUGCCAUAUGCACCACGACAUAACACCUGCUUUCCAAACCAACCUACCAACCUACGGCAGUCUCCUCUGUUUUGUCAUUCACUAGCUGCCACAAAUAUUAACCACUACUUGAAUCUGAGAUUUGUGAGUUACAACGAGUGGACAAAACAAGAUUGCAGUUUAAUGUAAACCUGUCUGUUAUAUACACACGUCAAACAACAAGCAUUUUCUGUCGCUGAAGUAGUUGGUUCUACGGCAUUGCAAAAAAAGUGGGGGGGGGAAACUCCUCUGGCUUUUCAUUUCUCUCUCCCAUACUCUGUGUCUGUGUUAACUGUACCAGUGUUUUGACCUGUCACUAGAAUUUAGAAGGAAGUAAUAAUAAUCGCUGGUAGAUUGUUCACUAGUUCAUCUACGGUUUGAUUCUUUUUUUAUUUAAGGGAAAGUGUUUGUUGCCUCUUUGUGCUACUGAUUAAUAAAAAAAAGGUAUCCAGUAUUUGUUGCCACAGAAGUAUAGUUUAUCAACAGUUUGUUUGUGCAACCUCUUGAGCUAAUGUCUAUAAAACAAUUUAUUACUAUUUAUGUAACGCUACUACCAUUUUAUAUCAUUUGUGUUGGAAUCUCAGUGCUUUUCUAUGAAUAAAGUGUGAAACACGUA